AAUGUGACAGGAUUGUCAUUAUCAAAGCUGACAGUGUUUUAUUGCAGCAAGAAAGAGAUUUCACUAUAUCACGAGAGGAAACAAACAAUGGAUAGAAAGAAUGAUCGUCUGCUGGCAAUGGGGGCACUUCAGGGAGAAGAGGUACCCGUGUCGGCCGAUGUCAACUUGGCUGGACUGGGAAAAGAUCUAUCGGACAUUGACUUGCUGAAGGAUUUUCAACCUGGGCCAUUAGAUGAAUAUCGAAAAAAAGCUUCGUUUAGUUGGAAGAAAAUGAGACUUUUCCUCGACGGAGAAGAUAUGUUGCGAUUUAAGAACCAUAUUUGGAAGACGUUGGAGAAUGACCCACUGUUUGCACGAUCAAUCGAAACACAGUCUCUAGAAAUGACUAGGGAGUUGACAUUCAAGCGUUGUAAGCGGCUGUUUGAGUAUGACUUUCUAACAGACGAUAUGCUUUUUCAGAACCCCCUUUUUUAUAGAGGGUUGAAUGAUUGUCUAGGUCAGUAUGACUGGUCGUUGUCAGCGAAGGUCCAGCUGACUCAACAGUUUUUUGGUGGCACCCUGCAGUCCUUGGGCUCUUCCAGACACAGAGAGCUUGUUAAACAGUGUGAUGCUAUGGAGUUGUUUGGCUGCUUUGCACUGACAGAAUUGAGUCAUGGCAGUAACACCAAAGCUAUGAGGACAACAGCUACCUACAUCCCAGGCACAGAGGAGUUUGAGCUGAACACCCCUGACUUUGAAGCAGUGAAGAUCUGGGUGGGCAACCUGGGGAAAACGGCCACUCAUGCCCUGGUCUACGCUCAGCUUUACACGCCCGAUGGGAAGUGCCAUGGACUGCACACAUUUGUCACCCCAAUACGAGACCCCAGGACUCUGCAGACUCUGCCAGGUGUUAUGGUGGGUGACAUGGGCGAGAAGAUAGGUCUCAACGGCAUUGAUAAUGGAUUUGUGAUGUUCAGCAAGCUCAGAAUCCCCAGAAUUAACCUGUUGAACAAGACUGGGGAUGUGUCAGCUGCCGGCAAGUAUAUCACACCCUUCAAGGACCCUAAUAAGCGUUUUGGAGCCUCCCUUGGAGCGUUGUCUGGGGGUCGGGUGGGGAUCACUUCCAUGGGACUGACUAACCUCAAGAGUGCAAUCACCAUUGCGAUCAGGUACUCGGCCGUUAGAAGACAGUUUGGACCUCGUGAGAAUGAGGAAAUUCCUGUGAUAGAGUACCAGCUACAGCAAUGGCGUCUCUUCCCGUACCUGGCACUGAUGUAUACAUUAGAACAUUUUUGUAAAACCUUCUUCAUGGACUAUGUCUCCAUCCGAGCUGGAACAAUCAUGGGAGACAACAGUCAAAGACAGGCUGACCUGGGUCGAGAGGUGCAUGCGUUGUCAUGCAUCAGCAAGCCACUGUCAGGAUGGCUGGUCAGAGAUGCCAUACAGGAGUGUCGAGAGGCAUGCGGAGGACAUGGAUACUUUAAAGUGAAUCGCCUGGGAGAUCUGCGGAACGACCAUGACCCAAACAACACCUACGAGGGCGACAACAACGUUAUUCAGCAACAAACCAGCAACUAUCUACUGGGAAUGUUUGAGAACUUUGUCACCAAAGGAGAGCCCAUGUCCUCCCCACUAGAAACCAUCAACUUCAUCAGUGACUACAAGACAAUCCUUCAACAGAAGUUUUCUGCUAGGUCUAUCAGGGACUGCAAAAAUCCUAAAGUGGCUCUGGAAGGCUACAAGUGGUUAGUGUGUCGGCUGAUGAGAGACAGCUACACGAAGCUCAGACAGGAGCUGGGGUCUGGGAAAGACCAAUUCUCAGCGAGAAACGACAGCCAAGUCUAUUACAGCAGAAGCCUCUCUCUGGCUUACAUGGAGCACACUGUUCUGGAUAGGUUCUGUAAGCUUUUGGAUGGAGAGUAUGAGGACCCUGUUCCCCGUGAACUCUUUCCUGUUCUGGAGAAACUUGGUGCCUUAUAUGGAUUGUGGAGCUUAGAGAAACAUAUGGCCACACUGUAUCAAGGAGGCUAUGCAGUGGGCAGUCAGCCAGCAGAGUAUAUCAGGGGUGCAAUCUUGGAGCUGUGCCAAGAGCUGAAGCCAGAUGCUGUCGCGCUCGUAGAUGCCAUGGCUCCCCCAGAUUUCAUCCUUGGCUCGCCUAUUGGACACUCAAAUGGCCUGAUUUAUAAAAACUUGUAUGGAGCCAUGCUUCAGGGCCCCAAAGUUUUGGAGCGACCCGAUUGGUGGAGAGAGUUUGUGGACAAACCUGUGGUUGGCUCUCUGAAAACUGUGUCCAAAUUAUAACUGUGGCAACCACUUAUAGAAUCAUUCCAUUGCUCUUAAAAUAGGAUGAACAUGAUUGGUUGACUGUUGCAGUUAAACAUGCGGUUGUAUUUAUAUAUUGAUAUGCUGGAAACAUAUAUUUGUCACUAUACUGCCUACUGACUUGCUGUGAGCUGCUUGUGGAUUAGUGUGUGUGUUGUUUUCAAGCAUGAAAAUUAUCCUGUGCAUGUCUUUUAUUAACAGCAGGACUUUGUGCAUUCAUGACGCCUGGAAUUGCUUUUUAAAUGAAGCUGCAUUACCGUCGUACUACAGCUGAUAAAAAUGCAUCAUUCUAUAAUAUCAGGACCAGAAUGAUUAUGAUUUAUGCUACAUCAGCAAUAUUUCAGCCGUAUCGUUUCAAGGAUUUGCUUAGAGAAAGAGUGAUAGUUUGUCUUGGUGCGUGGAAACUGUACUCCACAUGGUGGAUGGAAUCAUAGCAUAUAUUUCAAAUGGGUGGCGGUUUGACCAAAAUUCAGCUCAGUUUUUCUUGCAUGUGCAUAUGUGCAGCUUGAUAAACAGUGAUUAAUUAAAAGUGAAGUUUUUUUAAACAUGACAUGAUUGAUGCCUUUAAAACUUUACAGCUAAAAACUGAAGUUGUUAUUACAAUUUUUACUUUACAUUGUAAGUAUGUUUUUUUAGACCAUCAACAUGUGAUGAUAUUAUUGUAAAGUGUUAUUUUAUUAUUAAUGUCAUAAAUUGCAUUGUUAAGAAACGAGUGAUUGAGAGGUAUUUUUUAAAAAAAGAUUUUGAGUCAGGAACAAAAACAAAGAUGUUACCUCAAUUCUUAACUGAAAUGUAUACAUAGUUAUUAAAGUUAACUCUGAGUAUGGAAGUCAUAGGCGGUCUGUAUUACAGUCUCCAUGCUUGUGCCGUCAUCCGGAAAGUAAGCCCAGUACAAAAUUCAUAAGUUUAUAUA